UACAAUGUCAUAACCUUUAUACUACUGAAACAUAAACAAAUAAUAAUGAGACCACAGAAAUUUCGGUUUCCAUGUGAUAUAGAAAGUUUUGUACAAACAGAUAAGAAGGUGGUAAUUGUAUCUGUAUUUGGAAAGUCGCAGUACCGUGCAAAAGGAUGCAAGACAAAUAUGCUAGGUUCGAUUCUGCAAGUUGGUCUCCUGGAUGAACCAGAAGUGAAUGAAGAUUCAUAUUGUGAAAUAGAAGGAUACUAUGAUACUAAAGAUAAAACAAUAUAUUUGCAUUUAAGAGGUCUAUUAGACACUCAUACUCUAGUAUCAGAAUAUGAUAGAUUUAUGGAGAAACAAGACUGUAAGGAUUUUCUUAGCGUAUGGGCUCACAUGAGGGAUAAAUAUGCUAGAGCAUUACUUGUUUUGUUUCAUAUAUCUCAUGUAAUUAUUCUCACUCAUCCGACUCAUACAUUUGAUUAUAGUUAUGUACAUUUAUUUAGAGCCAUAGAUAUUGUAAGGCAGAAGGUUUCACCACAGCUUUCUGAUGUUUUAAGUUGCAUCUAUAGUUUACCUAAAGACUGGGUCUCUAAUGUUAGACCUUGCUCUCCAAGGGUAUUAUUUUACUUUGAAACAUGUCCUUCUGUAUUUCAAGAUUCCAGUAGUGGAGCUAAUAUCAAAAAGUUAGAACAUUCCUUGGAAGAUCAGAUCUAUCAUGUGUUAAGGAAGAACCGUAUAGUAACUAAUAUCAGCUCUAACUCACUAUUUGCAAUUCCUGCUAACCAAGAAUUUGUCUAUGUACAUACUGGUACAAAUGAAUCCAGAGAUAUAUUAGGGUACAUGGCAAGAAAACUUAUGCAAAGUUGUAAAGUCAGUUCUGGUGGUAGUACCUCAAGAAGUCUAGCUAGUCAAGAUUCCAACAUUCAGAUAGAUGAUACAGAAAGUGACACUAGGUCUUUCAGAUCAUUUCUACAACAACACAUAAACCUAGCUUUUGCAAGAGGUUUUGAUGAUAAUGUUGGAAGGCAUUCUAUGCCUGCAUAUUUUGAGAUACCUAAUGUUCAAAUAUUCUGUGAAGUGGCAAAUAAAGUGUACGAUUAUUUCAUACAUGGAACAGACAAGGAACUGCUAACUCUGCACAGUUUGCUAGAUACAGAUGUUAAAUUCAGCAAAAGCAGAUGCAGUAAAGUUCUUCCACGAGCUUUACAAACAUAUCAAGAAAAUCUACCACAACAUUAUACCAGGGCAUAUCACGAAACGAAGCUGGCUCAUGCGAUGGCUGUUUUUGAGAUGCAUGCACGAGGUCCUCUCUUCGAGGAAUUUAGCGAGAAACUUCAGGCUGAAUGCGAGAAACAUUGGCGUUCUGGGAGACAAAUGUGCGAGGUUUUGUCCCUUACAGGUAAUCCUUGCACAAAUCCAAUACAUAGGGGAGGAAGUGAAGGUGCUGGAGGUGGAGAACAAGCAGAUCAAAGAGACAGCGAUAAUGAUUUGCCAAUCAGAGAACAUUGCAGUGGAGUUCGAUAUAUUUGUGCAUGUAACUGUGGUCGUUGUCAAGGCUCAAGGGAAGAUCCCUUUAGUUUGAGGCAAGCUAACUAUGACUAUUUUCAAAUAUUAGCAAAACAAUGUGGCUGUGCACAAUUAGAAAGUAUACAAUUUCCAGUCUUUCAACCAAGUACACAUAACUACAGACCAGCACAAUUAUUUUCAACAAAACGGAAAGAUUCUUUUAGUCAUGCAGACUCGCCUCUACCACAAGGGAAUACCCAAGCCUGUAGUCUUGGGGUGAACAAUAGUUUAAAUGAUGACAUUCGUACUCCUUAUGGAAGCGGUGGCCAGUCACCGCCAACAAGCGAAACAAAUGAAGAUGUUCCCAAGCUGAGUAAUAAAACUAGUCUAACACCAAGCGAUGCACACAAAGUUGUCAUAGAAGUUUCUGAUAGUGAUGCAGAAAAUGCAAGAGAUGUUGCAGAGAAAUCUCUGGUCAGACAACCAUCGACUACAGAAUAUUUGCCAGGCAUGCUUCACACAGAGUCACCAGCUGGCUUGCUGCCGCAAUUUUCUAGUUGGUCUUUGGUUUGUCUUGGACCUAGCAGUUUGUAUUCACACAAUUUGGGUCUUCAACAUCAAGCUGGUGUUCUGCCUACUUCUGCUUUUCUUUUACCUUGGGAUGUGACUGUAAGACUAGAACAUCAAAAAGAGAGAGGUUCUUUGUGGCCUACAAUAGGUGACCAUGGAACUCAUGGGUACUGUCCAAGAGGAAAGAAUUUCCAGAAUAUGAACACUAUUCGCGGUAGGAAAUCCAAAGGUGGGAAAGAAUUUGUAGUGAAGAUAUUCGUUGGAGUAGAAUACGAAUGUCCACGAGGACACAGAUUCAUGGCAUCCGCUCCGGACAAAGUAUUAAAAGCAACUGGAAACGGGAUUGUUAAAGACAGUGGAAAUAAAGUCACAUCCAGCACAGCAGAUAUGCCCCUUUAUUUUGCAUGUCCUUGCAGGCAAACGAAGCCACUGAUCGCUCAAUUAAUGAGGAUUCAUGUGGUGACGCCAAAAGCACCCGUUCAUGUCACGUUGAAUCCUAGAGUUCAACCAGGACCUCCACCGUGUCCAAUUUUUGUUACUGGUUGCGAUGAACCGAUAAAACUUUCGCAAAGUGCCUACUGGGUUUUGCGAUUACCAUACGUAUACAUGGAUGAGAAGGGACCGUAUUUGGCGCCGAAAGAACCAGUACCGACAUCUCACGGCAGGUUAUUGGCGGGAAUGUACGGAAUCAGCGAAGUACUUCCGGAAAAAAAAUAAUAUAGUAUUUAAUUUUUUUAUAAGAGAUCGUUUGUACAAAACAUGUAAAUUACUCUUUGUAAAUAUACAACGAGAAAAUAAUA